GAUUUGUGAGACGGCAGGAAGUGGAGGGAGGGGCUAAGAGCGGAGGAAGAACAAUGGCGGCCGUGGCUCACCGGAGUAGUUGACGGAGCGUCUCCGUUCGCAGGCGGCGCGGUAACCCGAUGGCCCCUCCACACGGGUUUAGGAGCUGUUGCUGUGGACGGAGAGACAGGGACGUGAGCGGCUAUUGAGGGUGGCCAGGGUGCCGGUGAGCCCCCCCCCCCCCCCAUCUGCUCAGUGUGCGGGCUGAGCUUCGAGGGGCUGAGCUUCGGUGGAGGACCACAUGAUGGGGCGCAACAAGGAGAAGCGGUAUGAGUGUGACGUGUGUGGCAAGGCCUGGCAGUGCCCGAGCUGGCUGGAGGCCCACCGGCGGUUGCACACGGGAGAACGCCCCUUUGACUGCUCCGACUGCGGCAAGAGCUUUACCCAUAUGUCGGCGCUGCAGGUGCACCGGCGCCUGCACACGAGUGAGAAGCCCUAUGACUGCUCCACCUGCGGCAAGAGCUUUACCCAGUUGUCGGGGCUGCAGGGGCACUGGCGGGUGCACAGCGGUGAGCGGCCCUACACCUGCAGCGACUGCGGCAAAGGCUUCAAGUCGUCGUCGCACCUGAAGGUGCACAGGCGCCUGCACACCGGGGAACGGCCCUACACCUGCAGCGACUGCGGCAAGGGCUUCUCCCGCUCCAGCCACCUGCUGGUGCACCAGCGCACUCACACUGGCGAGCAGCCUUACACCUGCGCACAGUGUGGCAAGGGCUUUACCCAGUCCUACAACCUGCUGGUGCACCAACGCACCCACACCGGCGAGCGCCCCUACACCUGCACCCAGUGCGGCAAGGGCUUCACCCAGUUCAGCAACCUGCUGUCCCACCAGCGGGUGCACGCCGGCGACCGUCCCAGCCCCAGCCCUGUGUGUGGAGAGCGCUUUGCCACGGCCUCCCAUGACCUAUCUCAUCAGCACGAGCGGCUGGUCCCACUGCGGAAAGCAAUUCAAGAGUGCACGGGGGCUGCGGGAGCACCCGCGGAUACACACUAAAGAAAGACUCUGAGUGGGCUGAGUGUGGCAAAGGCUUCACCCGCAUGUCCAGCCUGUGGCAGCACCGGCGUACCCACAGCGGCGAGCGGACCUUCCCCUGCCCAUCCUGUGGUAAGGGCUUCACCUGCCUUGACCACCUGUUGGAGCACUGGCGAGUCCACACCGGCCAGUGACCCUUCACCUGCCCACUCUGUGGCAAGGCUUUUGCCCGCUCCAGCCAGCUGGCACACCGCAACGAGGAUAGGUGCUGUUUAGGUAGACACUAAAUGCUGGAAGGAAUGGGUAACGUUCUGAUCGAGACCCUCUUGUGUCUCGUCCCAAAACAUCACCCAUUCCUUCUCCCCAGAAAUGCUGCCUGUCCGGCUGAAUUACUCCAGCAUUGUAUGUCCUUUUAUGAAAACCAGCAUCUGCAGUUCCUUUUGUUAACCAUCUCUGCACCUUCCUCAAAGCCUCCAUAUCAGUCCUGUAAUGGAGUGACCAGAACUGUAUGCCAUACUCCAAAUGCUACCUGACGUAUGUCCCUUAAAGUUGCACAUAUACUUUCCUCUCUCCAUAUCUCACAUCCUUUUAUCUCCUUAUUUUCUCUCGCCUCUGUCACUUACUCCACUCAUCUGCCAAUCACCCCCUCAUCUUUUAACAUCGUGUCAGACUGAAGAAGUGUCUCGACCCGAAAUGUAACCUAUCCAUGUUCCCCACAGAUGCUGCCUGACCCACUGAGUUAUUCCAGCACACUGAAAUGUCACCUAUCCAUGUUCUCCACAGAUGCUGCCUGACCCACUGAGUUACUCCAGCACUCUGUGAAAUGUCACCUGUCCAUGUUCUCCACAGAUGCUGCCUGACCCACUGAGUUAGUGCAGCACUUCGUGUUAGAGUCAUACAUACAGGAUGGAUACAGGCCCUUCGGCGCAACUGGCCCACACCUGACAACAUGUCCCAGCUAAACUAGUCCCACCUGCCUGCAUUUGGUUCCUAUCCCUCCAAUAUACCUGUCUAACUGUUUCUUAAUCGUUGGGAUGGUCCCAGACUUAACCACCUCCUCCGGCAGCUUGUUCCAUACACCCACCACCCUGUGUGGAAAAAACAUUCCCCUCAGAUUCCUAUUAAAUCUUUUCACCUUGAGCCCAUGUCCUCUGGUCCUUGAUUCCCGCACUCUGGGCAACAGAUUAUGUACAUCUAACUAAAUUGUGUUCUAUGCAAGAUUCCAGCAUCUGCAGUUUCUUGUGUCUCCCUCACCUAUAUCCACCUAUCACUUCUGAAGAAGGGUCUCAACCUGAAAGGUCACCCAUUCCUUCUGUCUGGAGAUGCUGCCUAUCCCGCUGAUAUACUACUGUCCCGCCCCCAUCUCUUUUUUUCAACUUUCUCCCCCGACUCCAUCAGUCCAAAGAAAGGCCCUGACCCGACACGUCGCCUGUUCAUUCCCCUCCAAAAUAUCGGUAGACCUCAGCAGGUCGGCAAUCCGUGGUGGGAAACGGAUGGAGAAGUGUUCCCAAUGUAAGCCCUCCUUGGCCCUGUCGAGGAGCAGACCAUCAACAGUACCAGCAUCUUUUCAUCCAUAAUGUACCCAAGUGAAAAUGCUAAAGUGAGCCAAGCUGCACAGCCGACUGCUCACAGUACCAGCUGGCUUCCACUUGCCCAAAAAAUUAAAGGCAAUUGUUUUUAAAGAAAGUCUUGAUGCAUUUAUGCCUUACGUAACAAAUAAAAUAAGUUUGUCCUGA